CCCAGUCUGGACCAGGAGGAGCCAGAGCCCCCGCCCAUUAAAGAGGAACAGGAGGAGCUGUGGACCAAUCAGGAGGCAGAGCAGCUUCAAGAUCUCACCACGUUCCCUGUGAAGAGUGAGGAUGAUGAAGAGGAAGCUCCGCCCUCACAGUCCUCUGGGCCUGAGACUGAAGACAGCGGCGAUGACUGGAAGGAGACCGGACGACCACAGGAGAAGCUCCUCGUCAGCACCAGCAGAUCCAGUAUCAAGGAGAAACCGUUCAGCUGCUCCCUCUGCGGGAAAGGCUUCUCCAAAAAGUGCAGCAUGCAGAAGCACGAGGCGCUCCACGAGGCACAGAGGCGCUUCUGUUGCUCGUUCUGCGGCAGAGGUUUCCGUCUCAAAAGUUACCUGAACACGCACGUGAGGAUCCACACCGGGGAGAGACCGUUCAGCUGCUCCGUCUGCAGCAAAAGUUUCAGCCAGCAGCAGAACUUGGUGAGCCACAUGAAGACGCACACCGGGGAGAAGCCGUUCAGCUGCAGCGUCUGCGGGAGGAGGUUCCUCUCUCGCUUCAGUAUGCAGAGACACACGACUCUUCACACGCGAGAGAAACCACACAGCUGCACCGUUUGUGGGAGAAGUUUUAAUCAGCGAGGCCAGCUCCGAAUCCAUCAGUGUGUCGGUGAAGCUGCACAGAUGGACUCCUCAUCAACAGGACAAUAAACUAGAGACAAUAAAUUAGAGACACAUUGUGAGUGUACGUCAUUCAUCCAUCCAUCAGAAUCAUACAAACAUUAUUGAUCUGCAAGGGGAAAAUGGGUCACGUGCAGUUGCUCAAAUUCUCAAGAGAAGAAUUCAGUCACAAGAAAUGGAAACGAAAUGAAUAUAAGAAUAUGUGCCUUCCAACUUUGUUAA